AUGUCGUUCAAGGCUCACGACCCGUCUAAGCCGAUCCACAUCCCGACGGCCGAGCACAACGUGCUCGACUUUUGGCGUGCGAUCGACGCGUUCAAGACGCAGCAGAAGCUCUCCGAGGGCCGGCCCGAGUUCUCGUUCUUCGACGGACCGCCCUUCGCGACCGGCCUUCCUCACUACGGGCAUCUGCUCGCCGGUACCAUCAAGGACAUUGUAACCCGCCAUGCCUCGUCGACCGGUCACCACGUCGAGCGCCGCUUCGGUUGGGACACGCACGGCCUCCCAGUCGAGCACGAGAUUGACAAAAAGCUCGGCAUCAAGGGCAAGGACGACGUGAUGGCCAUGGGCAUCGACAAGUACAACGCCGAGUGCCGUGCCAUUGUCAUGCGUUACGCGUCCGAGUGGAAGACCACUGUCGAGCGUGUCGGCCGCUGGAUCGACUUUGACACCGGUUACAAGACCCUUGACCCAACCUUCAUGGAGUCGGUGUGGUGGAUCUUCGGCCAGCUGUGGCAGAAGGAUCAGGUUUACCGCGGCCUCCGUGUGAUGCCGUACUCGACCGGCUGCACGACUCCUCUUUCCAACUUCGAGGCCGGUGAGGACUACCGCGACGUCCAGGACCCCGCCGUUACCGUUUCUUUCCCCCUUGUUGACGACCCGUCGACCAGCCUGCUCGCAUGGACGACCACUCCCUACACUCUUCCCUCCAACCUUGCCCUUUGUGUGCACCCCGACUUCACCUACAUCAAGAUCCACGACAUCGAGCGCAACCAGAACUUCAUCCUCCUCGAGGCGCUUCUCGGCACCGUCUACAAGGAGUACCAGAACGGCAAGAAGCCCGACGCGAAGAAGGAGCCGAAGUUUAAGAAGGUCGGGUCGUUCCUUGGCAAGGACAUGGUCGGCUGGCGCUACACCCCCAUGUUCGACUACUUCACCGAGCAGUACGAGGACCGCGCGUUCCGCGUUAUUGCCGAUGAGUAUGUCACCGACUCGGCUGGUACUGGUAUUGUCCACCAGGCUCCUGCAUUCGGCGAGGACGACCACCGCAUUGCCGUUGCGCACAAGGUCGUCCGCGAGGACGAGAUCCCGCCUUGCCCUAUUGACGAGUCCGGCCGCUUCACGGCGGAGGUCCCCGAUUACCAGGGCCAGUACGUCAAGGACGCCGACUCUGCCAUCAUCAAGGAGCUCAACUCGAAGGGGCGCCUCAUCGUGCGUACCGACAUCAAGCACUCGUACCCCUUCUGCUGGCGCUCGGGCACUCCCCUCAUCUACCGCGCUGUCCCAGUCUGGUUUGUCCGCGUGGCCUCCAAGUCGCAGGAGCUCGUUGCCAACAACGAGAGAACGCGCUGGGUUCCUCCCCACGUUGGCGAGGGCCGUUUCGGCGGCUGGCUCAAGAACGCUCGCGACUGGAACAUUUCGCGUAACCGUUACUGGGGUACCCCGAUCCCUCUGUGGGUGUCGGAUGACAUGGAGGAGAUUGUGUGCAUCUCGUCGAUCAAGCAGCUCGAGGAGCUCUCUGGUGUCACUGGCAUCACCGACCUCCACCGUGAGAGCGUUGACUCAAUCACCAUCCCGUCCAAGCAGGGCAAGGGCACGCUGAAGCGUAUCGAGGAGGUGUUCGACUGUUGGUUCGAGUCGGGUUCGAUGCCGUACGCGCAGUCGCACUACCCUUUCGAGAACCAGGAGCUCUUCAAGGAGAGAUUCCCGGCAGACUUCAUCUCGGAGGGUAUUGACCAGACCCGUGGCUGGUUCUACACUCUUCUUGUGCUUGGAACGCACCUCUUCAACACCGCGCCCUGGAAGAACCUCAUCGUCACCGGUCUUGUGCUGGCGUCGGACGGCAAGAAGAUGAGCAAGAAGCUCAAGAACUACCCCGACCCGAUGAAUGUCGUCGAGAAGUACGGUGCCGACUCUGUCCGCCUUUUCCUCAUCAACUCGCCUGUUGUGAGGGGCGACAACCUCCGCUUCCGCGAGGACGGUGUACGCGAUGUGCUCUCCAACGUCAUUCUUAAGUGGAUCAACUCGCUCAACUUCUACCUGAACCAGGUUGAGCUCUUCAACCAGGAGACCGGUACUAAGUUCAUGUCCGACCACGACGCGCCCAAGUCAACCAAUGUGUUCGACCGGUGGAUCCUCGCCCGCUGCCAGUCGCUCAUCCAGCUCGUCGAUCAGGAGAUGGCUGCGUACCGCCUCUACACUGUCAUUCCCGGACUUCUCGAGCUCAUCAACGACCUCACCAACUGGUACAUCCGUUUCAACCGCCGUCGUCUCAAGGGCGAGAACGGUGUCGAGGACACCAAGGCGGCUCUCAACUCGCUGUACGAGGCCCUCCACACUCUUGCCCUCACCAUGUCGUCGUUCACUCCAUUCACCUCGGAGAUGGUGUACCAGAGCCUGCUUGCCACCACUCCCAAGCCCGCCGACGGUGCCGACGUGCGGUCCGUCCACUUCGUGCUCUUCCCCAAAGCGCGCGAGGAGUACUUUGACUCUGUCAUCGAGCGCCAGGUGCUGCGUCUCAAGAACGUCAUCGAGCUUGGCCGUGGCAUUCGCGACAAGCGCACGCUCAAGGUCAAGAUGCCGCUCAAGACGCUCACCCUCUUCCAUCACGACCAGCAGUACCUCGACGACGUCAAGUCGCUCGACCAGUACGUCAAGAGCGAGCUCAACGUUGCGGAGCUCGUGUACACGUCAGACGAGGCCGCGACCGGCAUCAAGUACAAGGCCAACGCCGACUGGCCGGUCCUUGGCCGCAAGCUGCGCAAGGACCUCGCCAAGGUCAAGAGCCACCUGCCCAAGCUCUCGAGCGACGCGUGCAAGGCGUACCUGUCGAGCGGCAAGGUCGAGGUGAACGGUGUCCAGCUUGUCGAGGGUGACUUGGUGGUCACUCGCUUCGUCGAGCUCGAGGGAGACAAGGCGCAGGCCUUCGAGGCCGCGUCGGACGGCGACGCGACCAUCCUCCUCGACUGCCGCAGGCACGAGGACCUCGAGAGCGUCGCUCUCUUGCGUGCCCUCACGUCGCGUGUCAACAAGUUGCGCAAGGCCGCUGGCCUCAAGCCAACUGACCGCGUCGACGUCUUCUACGAGGUUGACACUGGGGAGGAGGAUGCGCUAGCUCGCGCGAUUGUCGGGUCCGAAGACUUCCUCCAGUCGCAGAUCUACGCCAUCCCUCAGGCCCGAACCCAGUUGCCGAAGGAACGCAAGGUGCUCGCCACCGAGGUCCGCGAGAAGGAGAUCGCUGACGACGACCGUGCUGAGCGCUUCAUCCUCACCCUCGCUGAGCGGCCCUGA